ACUACUACGUACCGUUUUGAAGAAAGCUAGCAGACGAAACGUAUUGUUGUUUCCAACUCAAAUCUUUCUUAAAAAGUCAGAAGAUCUCCUUGUUUUCGUGUUAAGUUAUAAGUUUGCAUUGCCAUUUUCCUGAUUCUAUAAAUUUGAUUUUUGUGGAAAAAUGGCGAUUUCAAUGGCAAUGUCCGAUACUGACAAAUUUAUGGACAAAUUCGAUCCAAUAAAUUCGAAUCGAGAAAAGAGAAAAAAGAUGCGAACUCAACCAGGAAGUGGCAACGAAAGCACUAGUACUAAUAACGGCGGUCGAAAAAAUGGCAAUAACAAAAGAGACAAUAGGAAAGCUGGAUACCAGUACAAUGAAAAAGGAUUGCUAAUUUUUGAUGGAGCUGAUUUGUGUGAUUGCUUGAGUGAUAAUUGUCCUGGAUGUUUCUUCCCUUGCCCAAAGUGUAGAUCUGCCAAAUGUGGUACAGAAUGCAGGGUAAAUCGCAGAUGGGUUUUAGAAACUGUUACGGUUGAUGGGACUACUGAGGUUAUAAAGAACAAACAUCUGCCCCCUCAAUGAUUUUAACACUUCUGUGCUGAUAAGUAUGUGAGCUAUUUGUACUUGAAAAUGUAUUACAUUUUGAAUAAUUCCCUUUUUUAAA